UAAAACAGACCCAGACGGUAUCAGGAGCACCAAGGCCAGUGGACGCAGGCAUGUGGGGCAACAUGCGUGUCGAUCCGGAAAAAAAUCGGGACAGAGGUGGAGGACAAGCCAGGAAUCGUCAGGAUAAGGACCUGAGCUGGAUUCCAAAGAUAAUUAAGAAAAGAGAGUGCACAACGUUUGUUGAAGACUCGAGUGAUGGAACACUGUGUCAGUGUGGUAGAUUGCAGGAGUUGCAUAAGUCCAACGCCACAGACGACUCCUUUCAAACAGCGGCUCUCACCCGGUGGGACAGUCGACAGCACUCGUCUGAAUAUCCUACUGAUGCUUUUGGAGAGCUGGAGUUUUCUGGAUCUGGACGCAGACACUUUCCUUUUCUGCGACUUUCAUGCGACACGCCACCAGAAGUAAUCUACAACUUGAUGACAAAAGUCUGGGGCCUGCCUUCACCCAACCUGGUGGUGUCUCUGGUGGGGGGUGAAGCCCAUGAGAUGAUAAAGCCAUGGGUUAGAGACAUCCUGAGGAAAGGGCUGGUUAGGGCUUCACAGAGCACAGGUGCCUGGAUUCUGACUGGGGGGUUGAGGGAUGGUGUCUCCCGCUGUGUGGGCGAGGCUGUAAGGGAUCACGGGGCUGCAGCCAAAGCUCUGUCCCAGAAGAAAGUCAUAGGUAUUGGUGUGGCCCCCUGGGGUCUGGUCCACAACAGGAAGCAGCUCGUCAACCCCAAGGGGAGCUUUCCUGCUCAUUACUAUGUUCAGAACUCACUUGAAGACUCAAAGUGCUUAGACAGCAACUGUCAAGCUUUCCUCCUUGUGGACGAUGGGCGCGUCGACCAUCGAGGUGGUGAGACGGCCUUUCUUGCCAACCUGGAGGACUACAUUUCCCACCAGCGUACCGGCAUUUGGGGUAGUGGCAAUAUUGAAAUCCCAGUGCUUUGCAUGCUUAUCUCAGGAGACGCCAGCACGCUGGAGAGGUUAGACAGGUCUCUAAAGACAAAUACACCCUGGCUGGUUCUGGAUGGUUCUGGUCCAGCAGCAGACUUCAUCAGUGACCUGGUAAACACCCUCCCAGUUGCGGGGCAUUCUCCUGCCUCUUUGACAGCAGCAGCCGAGGCGUCUGAAGGUCUCAGCUCAGAGUUUCGUGACCGGGUCUGUGAGCACGUCCGGAAACAUUUCCCAGAUGAGGCUGCACUGAAGAACCUGGUGGACUAUGCUCUGAGUAUUUAUCGGAACAAAGACCUGAUCACUGUUUUCCAAGGAGAACAGGAGAGUCCUGAUGACUUUGACACAGUUCUCCUCAAAGCCCUCGUGAAAGGCAGUAAACAUGUGUCUAGUAAGGCGAGUGAGUACGUGGAUGAGCUGAACCUGGCUGUGGCCUGGAACCGAGUGGACAUCGCUAAAGCUGAACUUUUUAAUGGAAGCAUCCAGUGGACGUAUAAGGACCUGGAGGACUCCAUGACAGAUGCUCUGAUCAAUAACAAGCCCCAGUUUGUGCGUCUCUUCUGUGAGAACGGUCUCAACAUUCUGGAUUAUCUGACAUACGGGCGCUUGGAGAACUUGUACCGCUCACUGUCAGAUAGCUCGCUGGCUUACGCUCUUCUGAAGAAACGUCUGAAUGAAAGACUGGAACUGGCUGGGUCCCAUCUCUCCAUGGCUAGAGCUGCAGAGCCUCAGAAGGAUUCCCAGAGUGCAUUAACUACAACUACGUCCCUGAAGGAUCUCAGCCUCUAUGAGGUGUCCCGCCUGCUGUCAGAUCUGUUAGGUGACGUCUGUCAGCCUUUCUAUGCUAAACCCCUUGGUUUUGACGCCAGCUUCACGACUAGGAAGGCUCAAAAGCAUAUCAACAAACUGCAUCAAGGUGGUUGUGAGUACCGGGACAUGCAGUGCCCCUUACCCUGGGCAGCACUCUUUAUCUGGGCCAUCUUACAAAACCGCAGAGAAAUGGCCAUUUAUUUCUGGGAAAUGGCCUUGGAGUCAGUGCUGAGCGCUCUUGGAGGCUGUAAGAUCCUCAGAGAGCUUUCAAAGCUUGAGCAUGAGACUGAGAGCAAGCAGGCCAUGAAGAAACUGGCCCAGAAGUUUGAAAACCUGGCAAAUGAUGUGUUUGCUGAGUGUUACCAGAGCAGCGAGAGUCGCUCCUUCACCCUCCUGAUUAAAAAGUCACCUGUGUGGGGCGGAGCUACGUGUCUGCAGAUGGCCAUAGUAGCUGACGCCCGUCACUUCUUCAGCCAUGAUGGUGUCCAGACUCUGCUGUCUCAGAUCUGGUGGGGAGACAUGCAGAGGAGUACCAAAGUCUGGAAGCUUGUACUCACCUUCUUCCUGCCCCCCCUCAUCUACACAGGCCUGAUCAGCUUCAGGGAACGAGAGGAGGAGGCUAAACCGCUGACUAUCCCUGCGGGCAUCUCAAAAGGGGACACCGCCCUCUCUCUUUUUGACGUUACACAGAAUGAAGACGAAGCAGAAGAGAAACGACCACUGAAAAGACAAAAACAUGAUUCUAUGCCACCCAGCUACAAUUGCCAGUUCAUUGUGUUGAGGUGGAAACAGUUCUGGUACGCGCCUGUCACUUCCUUCCUGGGAAACGUGCUGAUGUACUUCCUCUUCCUAUGUCUGUUUGCCUACGUUCUAUUGGUCGACUUCCAGCCCCCGUACCCUGAUGGCCCCUCCUGUCUGGAAUUAGUUCUUUACUUCUGGGUUUUCACCUUAGUGUGUGAAGAGAUUCGACAGUCCUUCUCUGUGAGCGAUUUGUUGGUGCUAAAAAGUCUGAAGAUCUACAUCCAAGAUAUUUGGAACAAGUGUGACCUCACAGCCAUUGCUCUGUUCCUGUUGGCUGUCUGCUGCAGGAUGUUUCCUUUGUCCUAUCAGUUUGGGCGAUCCAUCAUGGCCGUGGACUAUAUGGUCUUCACUCUGCGUCUGAUCCACAUUUUUGCCGUCCACAAACAGCUGGGGCCCAAAAUCAUCAUUGUUGGAAAAAUGGUGAAAGAUGUCUUCUUCUUCCUCUUCUUUCUGGCUGUUUGGCUCACAGCCUAUGGAGUGGCUAAUCAAGCACUACUUUUCGCCUACGAUCCUCGACCUAACUGGAUAUUCCGCCGUGUCUUCUACAGACCCUUUCUACACAUUUUUGGACAGAUACCUAUUGAUGAACUUGAUGCUGAUAAACUGAGACAAAUGGAGUGCACAUACAACUCUACAGAAAUCAAGGCGGGAGCAGAACCCUGUUUGAGCAUCUAUGCCAACUGGCUGGUUGUGGUCCUCCUUGUGAUCUUCCUGUUGUUUACCAACAUCGUACUGGUGAACCUGCUCAUCGCCAUGUUCAGCUACACCUUUUCCAAAGUUCAAGAGAACAGCGACAUCUACUGGAAGUUUCAGCGCUACAACUUGAUCGUGGAGUACCACUACAGGCCGUGCGUGGCACCACCCUUCAUCAUAUUCUCCCAUAUCCAGAUUUUCAUCAAGAGAAAGAUUCGUCGUGUUGCUUCAGUCAAGAGUCAACACUUUGUUCUGGAGCUGGAAGAAUGGGCCGCCAGCAAGCUCAAAACAUGGGAGACAAUUCAGAAAGAAAACCUUCUAUCUGCUCAGAGUAAACAGCAGAGGGAGAGCGACACGGCUCGACUCCAGCGGACAUCUGACAAGGUGGACAGUGUUCUGAAACAGAUGGCAGAAAUCCGAGACCAGGACAGAAGAUUGCAGCAAGUGGAGACUCAGCUGGAGUACUGCUGCAACAUCCUGUCCUGGAUGGCUGAGGCUAUGUCCCAAAGUGACGUGGUUAAAGUCAGCAAGCCUGCUCCACUGCUACACGAUCCGACUCUGAAGAGCUCCAGGCUGACCCCGAUCCAGGAUCACUAAGCCACGAGGGAUUAAGUCACCAGCUCCAGAUCACAUGCUCAUCUCAAACCUGCAGUCUGACUAGAAUCAUUAAUAAAUAACUCUGACCAACAUCCCCAUCCCAACCCGACUCAUCACGUCUUCACCACGAGCCACCAGGAUUCACCCUCACAAGGAGAAGCUCCACAUUAUCAUACACCUGUUUACAAAGGACCAGUCACUCAGGGCUGCAAACAGUUGAUUGUUGUUGUUUUGUGUUUUUUUGUUUUGUUUUUUGUUUUUGUUUUGUUUUUUUGCUUUAUUAGAAAGCAAUAUUUUCUAAAGUGUUUUGUAAUUACAGCUAUAAAACAUUGCUACCAAUAUGAGUGUCUUUAAAAUAUCUGCUGUAAGACAUUUGUCCCUGCUGCUGCUGCUGCUGCAGGAUCACAGCCUUCACCAGAGCGCCCGCUGAGCUAACUCAAGCUACGUCAGCCUCCGUCUGAAGGAGAAAAGGGUGACUUGGAGCUUCCAGUCUGUCUAAUCACCCCAGACAGGUGUUUGUUCUGUACUGAAAGGAACGCCAGUACCAUGAUGGUCCACGGACACGACACUGACUGGGCUGCUGAAUGCGAAGGGACGUCCGCUCCCUCUCUGGAUCUUCAUUCUGAAUUGUUUCCUUAUGGUUCUUAGAACAUCUUCUGAACAGAAAACGUUAAACCUGUUAGACCUGAAAUUUUCAUCCAUGUUUUUAUGUUGGUUUUUUAUAAAACUUUGUAGACUAUAUGUCAAAUGAUGUGUGUUUGGGGAUUUAGAAUAUUUGGCUUGUAUCUUGUAUGGCCAAUGAAAAAGGGAUGUGAUAAUAAAACUGUAACUGGUGAGUGAUUAGAAACCUGACAGGUUAAUUCUGUAACAAACAUACCAGUAUGUACACUGUUGAUCCCAAAGCUGCAUAUUCUAAAGGAAAUUAAUUAUUUGAAUAAUUCUGAGUGAAUCAGAAAUAAAAUAAUGACCGCUUGCAUUGAAA